AUGCCCCCGCCUCAGGGCGCGCCACCAGAAGAGCAGCGCGGCGCUCCUCCACUCCAGCAAUUGCCCGGCAUCAACUUUAACUCGUAUGCGCACAACUCCCAGCAGCCCCCGUUUCCGGCGCCCUCCUGGCCGCCGCAGCAGCCUCCUGAUGCCAACAUAUGGGCUCUCUUCCAGAAUGGCGCCUUCCCUCCGCCCAACCUGCCCCCGCCGCCCUUUCCCACCAUGGGCUUCCCUCCGCCGUCGCUUCCUCAGACACCGCAGAACAUCCCACCGCCUACUCAUUUCCCCCAGUCACUUCCACAGCGACCUCCACAUCCUCCCGCUCCACACCAACCACCCGCGCCUGUGCCUGCGCCUGCGCCUGCACCUGCAUUCACCACUGCGCCCCCACCUACCAACGAACGCAUACAGGGAAUCAUGGACAGUGACCGCGAGGAUGGUGAACUGAGCGAAGGCGACAUGGCAUCUCAUCCGCCUCCACCUGUUCACGUCAAUGGCGGUCGUCCCCCGACUUCUGCCGUCCAAUAUAAUGGCCAGAGUCAUAAGACUGCAGUUAAACAACAGGAAAACCAGCCCACACUACUGGAAAAACUGCAUCAGGAUCGCGAGUCAGCAAGGCAAUUCAUAAAGCUUCUACACAGCAACAACAUCCCAUACCGUACUCUGGCUGAUGAGAAGCUUGAUGCCGAACUACUGAGAGGUUUGUAUCAGAGUGUGAACCUACCUUCUGAACCCGCUCCCAUUCUGCCACCCAAGCCAAACGGCACGACCCCGAGCGCACCAGCUGUCCAGCCAGUAGCCGCUCCCCAACAAAGGACUGUACCCACGCUCAAAACAAAUGCCAUUUCCGCACCCUCGACCAAGGCCGCCGCGUCCCCAACCACACCAGGUGAUCGCAAAGAUUACAUUGCACGUCUACAAGCUGCAAAGGCAGCAAAGCAGGCCGCAUCAUCCAAGACAUCAAGCCCGUCGCAGCAGAUAACCCCGGCCAAGCCUAGGACUCCCCAACCAAUCUCCACACCCACCACUAAGCCGCCCGUAACUGAUGAGCAAAGGGCCCGGAAUACUGAAUUGAUCAAGCAGCGAUUAGAGGCAAUCAAGGCGCGACAAAAGGCGUCAAAUGGGGUCAGCAAUAAUACAACACAGGCGUCUGUUCCCUCGCAACAAACCCCUCAAGCCCAAGUUGCGCAGCCAGCUCCAAGUGGCUUGGCCACCCCUUCAAGCCAAAGCUACACGCCUUCCUUUUCAGGAAUUCCUGGUUUAUUCAUGACCCAUACCCCAGUCUCUAACAACACCGCCUCUACUCCGUCUCAACCCUCACUCUCUAUUCCUCAGAAACCACCUGCUUCAAAGAAUGAAGCAUCCAUUUCGCGAGAAUCCACCACUUCCUACACACGCCCCUUGGGCCAGUCUGCAAAUGCUCAUCAAGAAGACGAUUCCAUGAUAAUAGAGGUUAGCGACGAUGAAUCCAACGGCAGCGACAUGGACAUCGAAGACGAACCUCCAGCCCCUACCGGACUUCCACGCAAACCUGGUAUCCCUGUCAGACCAGCUUUCCCUGCCACCCUAUCUGACAACGCGCCUGGAUCGCAAACUCCUAGCACCCUUGCUCGGGAGAGGGAAUUGGUAGAUAAAGAGAAACAGCUCGUUGCCAUGCGAGAGACACUUAAGAGGAAGCUCGCUGAAAAACGCGAAAGGGACAGAUUGGCUUCUGCUGCGGCAGUAUCCUCGCCCACAACCCAGAAGCCUUCCACAUCAGUUUUAGCACCUCAAAAUAGUACUCCGAGUAAAGCCCCAUCGACUGUCGGCAGAGACACUGCCCGUUCCCGCCGCGCUGAAAUUCAAUCUAAAUUGCCAACUUUGGACGCAGAGAUAGCAAGUAAUACGAGCAGAAUGGCUGAAUUGGCCAAGGAAUUGGAGCAAUUGACAGCGCUGAACAACAAGAUUGCAAAAGACAAGGAACAGUUGACAAAAGAAUUGGAACUUCUCGGUGUCGAUACAGAGGGCAUGUCCCAUGCAGAGCUUCGUGCCAAGAAAGACGAGAUCGAACGCGAGCAGUCGCCAGAACCCAAUGUCUCGUCUCAAAAUGCGGAACAGUCCUCUCGGUCCUUGAUGACACCAUCUUCUCUUGCUGUACAACCGUCUUUAGAACCCUCAAGUCCAAAGAGCAGCGUUCCCAGUUCACAACCGCUUUCAAGUCAGCCUUUUCAAAAGCAUGUCAUUCUUCCAGGCCUUGGACAGAGCAUUGCUCAAGCUCAGCAUCAACCCCAAGCCAGCAUGAAUCAGACUGACCUACACCAAAGGUCAGAAACGAUGUCAAAUGGAAACGAGGCCGCUCAAACAGCAGAAGAUGAAUAUACUAGAGCGUCUAGGUCGCAGAGCUCAGUCAUUGCUUCGGAUAGGGACAUGGGCGAAGAUUUCUACAGCCCUGCACCCCCGGCUGAGGAGGAUGUUGCUGUUCAACCGGCUGCCUCCAACACAGAUGUUACCAAUACGCCAGCAGUCACUCAACCUUCUGCCGCACCUUCUCCGUCAGAAGGAGAAGUCGAAAUGUCCGUUUCCGAGGGAGAGGACGGCGAGGAAGAGGAAGAAUACGAACCAGAAUAUGACCCAGAAGAACACGCAGCCGUCGGGAAUGCGUCAACAGAAGAGCCUUGUGACUCACAGCCGAACGUUGCACCUUCUGUAACCACAUCACACGUGUCCGCAGAAGAGGAAGAGGCUUACGAACCACCUGAAGCUGAUCAAGAUAUGGCAGAUGUUCCAAACGAGGCCACUACGUCAGGUAGUGUCCCGCAAGCACUCCAGACCGAAGCAGACGAUGGUGCCAUGGAUAUUGCUACAUCAUCUGAUGACAGCUCGGAUGACUCUGACUCGGAUGAAGAGUCUGAAUCUGAUUCUGAAGCUGACGAUACUAUCUCAGGAAACAAUUUGGCUCAUCAGGACAGUAAUGUUGCUGACGAUCUAGCACCUGAGUUGCAACCACAGAUAAUCUCAGUGGUGGACAAUGUGCAACCUACCCCCGCGCCUGAGGAGGAAGAAGAGCCGGCCGUAUUCAAACCGUACCAAAGUCCGCUUCGAAUGUUCAAGUCAUAUCGCUAUCACCCGAGUUAUUCAAAAGAUGUGUCUGGAGGUUUUAUGUCUUUGACAUUUAGUCACCAGAUAGAUCCUGAAAAGCCAUUCUGCCAAUACGAGUCGGCAGGUGGCGCUUGCAAUGACCCUGAAUGCCCAGAUCAGCAUUUCAGGGAUGCGACUAUCACUGGUGACAAGCUGCUUCUCCAGCUCGGAACAGCAAACCCAGGCAAGACGUCCGAGGAGAGACAAAGAUGGAAUGACGGUCUCCGCAACGUACUUAAGGAGCUCCGUUCGAAGAACGUCAAAGAUCCAAAUGGUAUUGCCGAGGAGAUUGCGCGAUAUCGCCGCGAAUUUCUCAACGAUGACACGCGUGUUGUCAACUUGUGA